UAGGACUUAAACCAUGACUUCUGUUGUGUAUACUUUUGCGCUCAUUAGCGUAAUAGCAAGUGCUGUUGCAGCUUUGCCGGCGGAAAACUACUUAAAUAUUGCAUCAGGGAAAAAUUGCUCGAAAAGUAGUUUUCUUAGUAGUCGCAUAAUUGACGGGAGGGUCGCACCAAAUGGAAGUUUCCCAUACAUGGCGUCCCUUCGCAAGAAGGAGACAGGAAAACACUUUUGCGGAGGUUCAAUCAUUAACGACCGAUGGAUUUUGACAGCAGCUCAUUGUAUUGCUGGUCAAUCUGCCAAUAAAAUAGUUGUUGUUGUGGGAACCAAUCAGUUGACUACUGGUGGGAAAAAAUACGCUGUAUCUUUUAUUAUGCAUCAUGAAAAGUACAACAUCGAUGGUGUGGUAAAUGAUGUGGGACUCAUCAAAGUUUCCGAAAGCAUCAAAUUCAACAAACUUGUGCUUCCCAUCGCUUUGGCGAAUUCUAACAUUGACGAAAAUGAUAAUCCAGCUACCAUAUCUGGAUGGGGCCGAUUUUUGACAACUAGCAGUCUCCUUCCAAAUGACAUGCAGUACAUCAAUACUUGUUUGAUGGACAAAAAAAGUUGCAUGAGCGAAGUGCCAAUGGAUAAUAGCUACCAAAAAAUAUGCACCUUCACACGUUUUGGACAAGGCGCUUGCAAUGGCGAUUCCGGCAGUCCCCUGGUCGCAGAUGGUGUUCAAAUAGGAAUCGCUUCCUAUGUUAUUUAUAGAUGUGCAUCUGGUUUCCCUGACGUUUACACUAAAGUUUAUUCUUACUCGGGUUGGAUCAAAUCAACAAUCAACACGCACUAAACAUUCAAUGACUAAUUAAUUAUUUGUGUGAAUCAUUGCUGUAGCAGUGUCUUCUCGAGCACCUAAAAUUAUUAUUUAUUUCAUUUAAUUUAUUUUAGCGAGUUUCAUUUGUAAAUAAACGAUAAGAAGAAGUUGUGUAAUAAACUGCUUUUUAUGAACAGAUUACUUAAAUUACAUUUAAACCAAAAUUUUGAUUUACUUUUAGUUAUGUAAAUAGCAAGUAAUGACUGUAGUGCAAAAUUGAGGUUUUACUCACGAAUUGGACUGAUAUCAUAGAGCUUCUAUGUUGUCCAAAUCAUACAACUAAAAGCUACAUAUUAAGCACGACAAUAUAUGUUACAAAGUCUUUAUAAAUUUUAAAGACCAGAGUAAUUUUUGUAAAUCUAUGUAAAAAUUUAAUUUAAUUAAAUAAACAUUUCUUAAAUGCAGUAAAGUGUGUAAUGUAUUCGCGAUUUACGUUAUCACUCGCUUGUUGUUGACAAACAAAGCGGUAUCAAUGUACAAGUAUACGCAUGUUAAUUUCCUACGAUAAUGUAAUCACUGACCCACUUACUGUUUGAAACUUACUACUGGUUUAGAUUUCAUUCGACCUUCAAAUUAAACUUAUUUUAGUCAGCUCCAAUUUUACCAAAAAAUAAAAAAUCGUAAAAAAGGUAUUAUGCAAACAAGCAAUGCAACAUAAAUUUAUUUGCUUUUUGGAUCACAGUACACAAAUUUUCAUCACAGAAUACUUUGUAGCGACUGGAGCGUCGCUGUUUAUGAGCACUUUUUCGUUAUUAAAAAACAAAAUUUGAAAAGCUAUAAAGCAUUAUCAAGUGGAUUGAACAAGGAAUACUUGUUUGACUCCCGAGAAUGGAAUGGAUAUAAAAAGAUGUGCAAUGAAAUUCACACCCUUCACAGAGUAAAAUAAACAUGUAAAAGUUAUUUAUGAAAA